AUGCUCAAGAAAAAUUCUCCAUCAUGGGGAAAGAAACAAGAAGAAGCAGUUAGGGAAAUAAAGGAGAUAUCUAAAUAUGUCAAGUCCCUCUACAUCCCUUCAGAAGGCAAGAAGAUACUACAAACUGAUGCCAGCAAUGAAUAUUGGAGUGUCGUUCUAUUUGAAGAAAAAGAUGGACAGAGGAAAAUAUGCGGAUAUGCCAGCGGAAAGUUCAAAGAUGCCGAGCAACAUUAUCACUCCACUUUCAAGGAAAUUCUUGCAGUAAAGAGUGGAAUUAAGAAAUUCAAUUUUUUUCUGAUUCAUACAGAAUUUCUGAUAGACAUGGAUAUGCAGGCCNUCCCAAAGAUUAUCCAGAUAAAUGCAAAAAUUAUUUUGAUUCCUCAGAUUCUCAGAUGGGCUCAAUGGUUCUCUCCAUACAAGUUUCAAGUCAAACACCUGAAAGGAAAGGAUAAUAUUCUCGAAGAUUUUCUAUCUCGACUGGAAGAAUUCUCAAAGAGAUUUUCCCCAGCAAAGAUGAUGUCAAAGAAAAAGUGGAUGAGCCACAUGUUCAUGUUUUCGAAUGUACUAGGAACAAGUUCAUUAAAACCAACGGAUCAUCCACCAGAGUUGUUCAACCUCAUGGAUCCCUUUGAUCCAUCAAUUUUAAUGGAAAGACGAACUUAUUAUGAGCUCCAAGUUUUCUGA